GGUCAACUGACUUUGGUCAUGUGGCGUUUAAAGUCAGAGGAGAUCCCACGGAGAAGUGAGUGAACAACAACCGGGGCCCUUCAAACACACAAAUAACAGCUCGGUGUUCCCGGUGUGUUUCUCCCGCUCACACUGCAUCAUGGCCUGGACUAAAUACCAGCUGUUCCUCGCUGGGCUUAUGCUAACAACCGGCUCUCUCAACACAUUAUCGGCAAAAUGGGCGGACAUGUUCUCAGCGAAGGGUUGCCGUGAUGACCCCGAUCAUCCCUUUUCUCACCCGUUUGUCCAGGCGGUGGGAAUGUUUAUGGGUGAGUUGAGCUGUCUCGUCGUCUUCUACAUUUUAAUCUGCCACGACAGACGUAGACCCGAGCCCAGGAUAAACCCCGGGCAGAGCUUCAACCCUCUGCUCUUCUUCGCCCCAGCCAUGUGUGACAUGACGGCCACCUCCAUCAUGUAUGUUGCUCUCAACAUGACCAGCGCCUCCAGCUUCCAGAUGCUGCGUGGGGCCGUCAUCAUCUUCACCGGUCUGCUCUCAGUGGCGUUCUUGGGACGACGGCUGCAGAAGAGUCAGUGGCUCGGCAUCCUCACCACCAUCCUGGGCCUGAUUAUCGUCGGCCUCGCUGACUUCUUCAGCAAACACAAAGACGACACGCACAAACUCAGCGAUGUCAUCACAGGAGACCUUCUGAUCAUCAUGGCGCAGGUCAUUGUUUCAGUGCAGAUGGUUCUGGAGGAAAAGUUUGUCUACAAACACGACGUCCAUCCUCUCAAAGCUGUCGGGACUGAAGGUUUCUUUGGGUUCGUCGUCCUGUCGCUGCUUCUCAUCCCAAUGUAUUUCAUCCACGUGGGGAACUUCAGUGACAACCCCCGGCAGGUCCUGGAGGAUGCGCUGGACGCCUUCUGUCAGAUUGGACACGAGCCACUCAUCCUGCUGGCUCUGCUGGGCAACACCGUCAGCAUCGCCUUCUUCAACUUCGCCGGCAUCAGCGUCACCAAAGAGAUCAGCGCCACCACCCGCAUGGUGCUGGACAGCCUGCGCACGCUGGUCAUCUGGGUAGUGAGCCUGGCGCUGGGCUGGGAGCAGUUUCACGGCCUGCAGGUGUUGGGCUUCCUGGUGCUGCUGCUGGGCACGGCGCUCUACAACGGACUGCACCGCCCCCUGAUGGCCAAGAUACCGUGCUGUGCCGCCUGGGUGACCACCGAGGAGGAGGUGGAGGACAGCCCGGGCGAGAGGGAGAGACUUCUGGGGGACGGCAGGGUGCAGAGCGGAGACGAGAGCUAAAACAAGAGGACACUCUGUGGAAGACUCUGCACAGUUGUCAGGGAUAGUCACUUUUUAAAUAUGUUUCUGGUUCACACCUAAGAUUUUAACUGACCCUACACAAUAUUAGAAUAGGUGGGAAAGAGCUUUUAGAGGAUAGUUGGUGCUCAUUUCAACUGUCUUUUUAAAGACAGACGGUAGAGAGAGAUGUUUUCAGGAGCUUUUAUUUUACACGGGAAAAAAAGGUAAUUUUCAGCCAGUCUCAACACGAGCUCCCUACCUCUUCACACACUCUCUAUUCUUAAGAAAUUAAACUGACUUUUUCUCUAUUAUACUUAAUCAGUAAAACAUGGGUUAAUGAAAAAUACUGUCUGACAAGAUAUUUAAAAAUUGACAAUUUUCUUUUAGUUUUAUGCAGAUUUUCACAAAUUGAUGGAUCAUUUUCAUGUUGUCUAUGGUUUAAAAAGAAGAUGCUUUGGGACAGAGGGUUGCAGACCGGAGACAGGAGCUUAAACUUGAGGGCUAUCUUUUUAAAUAUGUUAUACUUACAGAAUUGUAUAACAUGUGGGAGUGUUUAAGUUCUUUUAGAGGUCACAACGGUACUUAGUAUACAUUUUCGAACAAACUGUGCAAGAAAGACAAUUAGUUACCUGAUUUUUAGACCAACAGUGAACAGGAGCCUUUUUGGGGGAUUUACCAAGUUGGAAAAGGACAGUUAAGUCCAAAACAAAUACCAGCCUUACUCCUGGUAUACAUACGUUACAUACUUAAAUUGACUGUAUAAUUUAGUAAAACACAGGUUAAUAAUGAAGAAUGUCAACUUUCCUUAUAGUUUUGUUCAGAUUUUCUUGAAUCAAUGGAUAAUGCUCAUGUUGUUUUUGAUAAUGUCUUUGGAACGGGUUCUUAUUGUUUAAUUGUUGCUGUGCAGUAUGACUGUGCCAAAAUGUUUUCACUGAGUUUCAGUACUAGUAGUAUUUUCUAAUCAAACAGGGGAGUCGUUUUUUUUUUAUUAUUUUAGUUAAAAUAAGUGAAUGGGUGCAGAAAUCAGUUUUUCAAAUGUCUGUAUAUUCGCUUGCUGGAAUUUAAAUAUGUGCAGAUUUAUUGGUACAGAUGGACAUGUAUCAAAGGACUGAAUGAUUUGCACUGCAUGUCCUUCUCUACUUAGUAUUUUGAAGGCUUUAACGUACACUAAGAAAAAGGGAACUGUCAUUUAAUCACACUUGUUGAAUGAUGUGUUAGCAUUUUUACUCAGGCCUGUGUAGACCUGCAGAAAACUACAGUCAAUGGGUUUCAUGAAAUGUAAUGUAAUGACAAAAAAGGGUUUUUUUUAAAAUACACUUUUAAAACCA